GGAUGAUCUUGUUCGAUCUGUAACACAAUGUUCCAGGGCUGAUGAUGACACCCAUAUCGUUGUCUCUACUCGAAGCCCUGCCCAAUGAGCUUCUUGAUGAAAUAAUUUCCUAUCUAGCUACUUCUUCCCCCUCUACAGCCCGGUUACACCAGCCCCCAAGCGUCCGCAUCUCGAGAUCUGAUGAUCGUCCUCUUAAAAACCUCGCCCGUUCUUCAUCUCGGGCCCUCGAGGUUGUGCGACCUCGGCUGUUCGCGCAUGUAUGCUUUGACCUAGAGGAUGUCACCGAGUUUCUUUCGUUUGUUUCGGAAUUGGACCUUAACCGAUAUGUGACAUCGAUUGUGGUGCAAAGUCGACAACCUACAGACCAGGUAGCAGAUCCAUUCUGGUGGCGCCAGGUGCUUAGUUGCCUUGAUCCGCUGCGUGUGACUGUCGUCGCGCCGCCCCCGUUCAUUGGAACGAUGUUGGGCGCCGAAAUAUUCGAGGGCCAUACUUGGGCCUUUGCGGUACCGUUGCAGAUUGUUCAGCUUGAGCGGGACUCGCAACACCUCCCUCUUGGACAACUAUCUUCCCUCGAAGAGUGUUCCAGUCUACUCGAAACCCGGAAAUGGUCGUCUGUGACCUUCAAUGAGUCUUCUUCUCUCAAAGCGUACAAUCAUUAUGAGUACUUCCUGUUUCAAGUCCCUUCCCUCUUGAGUAGAUGGGGCUCUAUAGCAUCCAACAGGUCUCGCGAGGUCCGGGCGGCACUAUCCGUGCGGUUUGAUAACUUGACCUCCUUCGGCUUCACUGCCGUGUUUCCAUUUUAUAACCACGUCAAGCUGGUGCUCAAUGCCGUGGAGCUGAUGGUGAACUUACGGUCGCUAAGCAUCCAGCUCGCUCCUUGCGAGGAUGACAAAGUCACGGAAAUAGAGCAGAGAGGCUCCAUGGAUCCCAGCGACCCUUGGAUGGAGAUCGCCACCGGAUACUCGCUCGUUGCACAUACGGUGAAGGAUUUAGGUGAAAAAGAUCGUCUUGUACAAUUCAUAGCCCGUGACUAUUCUUUUGAUGCUCUUCGGACCGAACUAUCUACCAUCCUUGGUGAGGUCUUAGAUGACACCGACUGGGUACAUGAUGGCAACGGCACUUGGAAUAGGAGAAUCACGAACUCCAAUUCAGUCAAUGGUGUACUCCCAAUAGUGGAUGUCUAGCAUUCUGUCUUGUGUUUCUGGUGAAACUCCUUGUUGUCAUCUUUAUUGUAUACUCAAGCCGGCGUAGCUGGCUACGCUAAUAAUCACCCGGGGAAGAUGAGAACGUAUGUAUAUACUUUGAAAAUAAUAUCCGAUAAACAUGG